AUGGAACAUCCAACAACGCAGCCCAGUAUUCUUGCCGGCUUGUUCUUAGCUACUUCUGCGUUAGCUGCACCUACUCUGAAAAUUCCUGCAAACGAAGUGUCUGUUGAUAAGUCAAACAAACGUGCUGAAAGCAAUACUACCCCGAUCAACAAGGCGAACAAUGUUGAGAAUGCCAGGAUACAGGGGAACGAUGCUCAUCCUUCUGCGGAUAAUGUGAACGGGGGCUACAUUGCUUGA